AUGAACAACCACCGUAUGACUCCGGAGGCAGCGGCGCAAUUCGGUGAUGGAAUUCAGAUGGUUCUUUAUCGGCGAGCUGCACUGCGGAUGGCCAUCGAAAACGGGUGGGAUGGCCGCGACUCUCCUCAGAAAUCGCAGCAGCUCGGCCACAACCUCUUCAAUUUCCUCACUCAAUCGAAAGAUCAAGUGUAUAUUGAUGAUGUUGCAGAAAAGUUUAUGGUAAUGCGCGAAGAAUGUUUAGAAGGUCAGUUUGAUUCGAUAAAGAAGCUGCGAGAAACAAAUGUUCCAAGUGUUUCGUAUAAUAGACAGCCCAACAACGAUGACGAGGAAGACAGUGAUGAAGAUGAUGCAAUUAUAGAGAACAAUAUGUCAGCAAUGGAAGUUGAUGCUCCACAACCACAUCGCCAAUUGGAUCACAAUCUGACUGAUAUUGUGGCUGAUGAAAGUAGCACGAAAGAUACUCCUCAAGUUGUGGAUGAAUGGACUGUUGUUUCAAAAAAGAGUAAAGGGAGAAAGAAUUGA